GUUCAAUAUGAACUACCAACGGAUAUUACGCAUAGCCAGUGGAUAUCUACUUUUUACGGGCUAUCAAAUUCGUACUUUGGAUGUUAAAAGUCAACGAUAUCGUGUAUCCUUAUGGAGUGUGCUGUACUUUGUGGGUCUCCUUAUCAUUUAUUUGAUUUGCUUUGGACAUCACUUCGAAGAAUCGGCUUUGUUAAAAAUCACCUUUGAUUUAUCACCAUUUCUGAAACAUCUACUGCUGUUUCAAAUAUGGUUAGGACUGAAAACUUUUGUUUUUUGCAUGAUUGAGUGGAAAUUUUUGACAAAAGUUUUCAAUGGAUUGCUGGUGGUGUUGGUGGGCACAAAGGCUCCUCAAAAAGUGUCUACGGCGAAAAAAGUUAUCCGCGAAGAGUUAUUGACAUAUUUGAUAUUUUUCUCCACCCUUUUUGUUGCCUUUGCUUUUGGUUUAUACAUAGCCAUAGAAAUGAAAUUUGAAUUACCUCCCAUGGACCACAUAAUGAUUGCCUUGGCAUUAUUUAUGCCCCACUUUAUGGUGGCUGGAGCUCUAAGAUUCCACACUUUGUCUCUGUGGCUUUUGCGAACGAAAUUAUCGGAAUACAAAGAUCAGCUGAUAAUUCAAGACCCAAUAAGCCAAAAAUCAAACGUAAUCGUAGAAAUUAUAAAUCCUGUUUUGAAAACCGAUCUAGAGGAGAAUAGGAAUCCAAAUGAGGAGUUCUCAUCCAUGGAUGAAAUUAUUAAAAAUGAUGAAUUAGAAGUGAACAAGACACCAGUGGAAGAUAUAACUCCUAUGGAUAUUUAUCGAUAUGUCUCCGAAGGAGUUAAUGGCAUUGCCAGGUACUUGAGUUCCACCAAUAAAAUCCUUCAAAGACAAUUAUUAAUUUUGAACGGUCUCAACUACAAUUGCCUGCUCUAUGGCAUCUAUACGAAAUUGUAUUUUGAAAAAUCUUGGCAUCUCAUAUUUACCGAUCGCAAUCGCCGUGUCUUUUAUGCUGCUAAUUCGGUCAUAUUUGUUUGCAUAUUUUUGGAUUAUCUCUUUUUGACCAUGACGCUGUUGAGUUUUAGGAAAACGAAAAGUGGGUUUUAUAAGAUGAUCAAUAAAAAAAUUGAGACCAAAACAUUAUCAGAGGACAAAUUGACUAUUUUAAAAGACCUCAAACGUGGUUUGAAGAAAGAAAUGAAUUUAAAGCUGUUCAAUAUUGUCGACUUCAAAAUAUGGAACUUUGUUAUUAUUCAAUUACUGAUGUUACUGUCAAUAGCUGUCACAGUGUUAUAUCAAUAUUUUAAUGAUCAAAUUGUGGAACUAAUGCAUAUUGUGGAGAGCAGUAGCGACGAAUGAAACCAAUCCAGGACUAUAUUAAUUAAGUCUAUAACAUACAUAUAAAUAUUAUUUCAAAUUAAAAAUGUUAACACUACUGUAACUAUACCUUUGAUCCAGUAUCUGCAAGUAACCGUUACCAUAACCAAAAAAGCAUAUUUAAUUUGAAAAC